AUGGCACAUGAUACACGAUCUAGUCGGAAAAUCAAGGAUGAUGAGAAUAACAAUUCAAACGGGAGGCAAAUUAGUAGUAAAGGAUUAAGUACUUCAGGUUCUGGAGCAUCAGAUACAUCUGGCUUAAGGAGGUCUUCCAGAGAAACAUCAUUGAAGAAAAACAUAACUCUGAGCCCUUCUAGUACUAGGAAGUCUGAAAGACUUGAGAAAAAAAUGCCUGAAACUCCUCUAUUCAAGAGGAAAUCUGAGAGAUUUGAGAAGAAGUUGACUCCAAGUCCUUUGAGGAGAUCGGAUAGAGCCAAGAAUCACUCAUCAACUUCUUCUGGGUCUAAAAGAUCUGAUAAAAGCUCAGGUUCAUCAAUGGCAAAGCGGAAAACGGAAAAGAAAGAGAAGAGUGUGAAAGAAUUGACAUUGGGUACUAGAGAAGUUAGCAAAAGUGAGAAACAGAAUGUAGGACCUUGUCAUGGAAAAAAUAAGAUAAGAAAUGCUCGAGCUUAUAAGACACUCUUCAUGAAACAUAGAAAGAAGCUUCAAGCACGAGAUCAUAGCGAGAAGCAGAGCAGGCAGAAUAAAGUCUCUCAGGGAGGUAGCAAUGCUUGUGGAAGUGAGGUUGAAGGGCUUGGUAAAGGCGUUGAGGAACUGAAUGAAGAAUUUGUUGGGAGAUUUCAUGAUGGAUCUUUGGUGGGGUCUGAUUACAGUGUAAAUAAAUUAACAAAAGAAACAUGGGAAGAUAAUCCCGGAGUGGAUUUGUCCCAUUCAAGCCCUAGGCCUAGCUGCUUGGAGGAAGCUUCUGAGUUCAAAGAUGGUGAUGGCUUAGAAAUUCGUGAUCAACGCCCACUGUCAUCAUCUUAUAAUGCCAUGAUGGAAGAGCUCAAUGAUGCACCUGAAAGGGUACAUGUAGAAUGCUCUGCAAUGGAAAAGUUGAAGAUGCCAGAGUUGACAUGUUCUACGUUCAAUGAAAGGGUACAUGUAGAAUGCUCUGCAACGGAAAAGUUGAAGAUGCCAGAGUUGACAUGUUCUACGUUCAAUGAAAGGUUACAUGAUGUCUGCAUUGCCUCAAAAAUUGGUCACAGGGUCAUACCUUCAAAGAGGAAAAGGAACGUGGCAGAUGGGGAUUCUGAUUCUCCAGUUAAUGCAAGUAAAGAUGUCUGCACCUUGACUGCUGAUGCUGUCUCUUCGUUGCCAUCUGGGUCCACAGAAGAUGUUUCUGUUGAGACGUGCGGUGCAUGUUUUAAGCGACAAAGGGUAGAAAAUGAUCCGAUGAAUCUGGAGUUUUGCUCUUGCAGCACAAAAUUAAAUCAGGAGUUAUGUGGUGCCUCUGUAACUGAGCAAAAGGAGUUUUCUGCAGAUCUUCAAACAAAUGGCAACCAAAAUACAUGCCUCAUCUGUUCUCUUGGUGGGAAGCUCCUGUUCUGUGAUGGAAGAGGAUGCAAGAGAAGUUACCACCUUUCUUGUCUAGAUCCUCCUAUGGAUGCUGUUCCUCUUGGAGUUUGGCACUGUUCCAUGUGUGUUAGGAAAAAGAUAGAAUCUGGUAUAUAUUCGGUGUCAGAGGGAAUUGAGUCAAUCUGGGAUGCUAGAGAGGUGGAGGUAUCUGAUGUUGAUGGAUUGUUAAAGAGGAAGGAGUUUUUUGUUAAAUACAAAGGUCUUGCCCAUAUUCACAAUCAAUGGGUACCAGAAAGUAAAGUGCUUCUUGAAGCUCCUACCCUUGUGGGCAAAUUCAACCGAAAUAACCAGGUGACAAGGUGGAAGAAAAAGUGGACUGUUCCACGUCGCUUGCUACAAAAACGAUUGUUAAUGUCUCCCAAGCAGCGUGACAACUAUCUUAGGGAGCAUAAUGGUGAUAAGUUAUUUUGCCAUUAUGAAUGGCUUGUGAAAUGGCAUGGUCUUGAUUAUGAUGAUGCUACUUGGGAGUUAGAGAAUGCUGCAUUCUUGAAUUCACCUGAGGGUCAGGGCCUUAUAAGCGUUUAUGAAAACCGUCGUCAGAGGGCAAAGAAGGCUUCUAUUUCCCCUGAAACGGAUAAGAUACUUGAGGGUAAAAAGUGUUCAUCAGUUAAAUUAUUCCAACUGCCAGCUGGAGAAAUAUCUGGAUUUGAUAAUACUUGUCUAGACAAUGUUAACAAGCUACGUGAGCUCUGGCACAAGGGUGAGAAUGCUGUUGUUUAUGAUCAGGAACGAAUCGCGAAGGUGGUUGCAUUUAUUCUAUCUUUGCAGUCUGAUGCUCAUCGACCUUUUCUCAUCAUCUCAACUCCUCCUACACUUUGUUGUUGGGAUAAUGAGUUCUUCCAUUUGGCACCAUCUAUCGAUGUCGUGGUUUACAGUGGAAAUAAAGAUUUACGGAGAAGUAUUAGGACACUAGAUUUUGAUGAGGCUGGUGGUUGUAUGAUGUUUCAAGUACUUGUUACCUCACCAGAGGCUAUUAUUGAGGAUAAAAAUGUGUUCGAGUGCAUACGAUGGGAAACUAUCAUAAUUGAUGAGUGCCAGCGCCCUACAAUCUCUAAACAGCUGGUGCAGAUUAAGAUGUUACGUACGCAUAAUUGGCUUCUCCUGGUCAAUGGAAUAUUUAAGGAGAAUAGUGCUGCUGAGUACCUUAGUUUGCUGUCUGUCCUUGACUCUCAUGGCGAUUCACAAAAUGGUGAUCAUUUGCUAACCAGUUCUGGUGAUAUUAUUGCUAAACUAAAGGAGAGGUUCUCAAGGUAUAUUGCAUAUGGAGAUAUUAUUGGUAAACCCAAACCUGACUCUUCUAGGUUUAUUGAGUACUGGGUUCCUGUAUGUAUAUCAACUGUCCAGCUAGAGCAAUAUUGCGAAAAUCUACUGUCGAACUCCACAUUGAUUCUCUCAUCAGCAAAAAAAGAUCGUGUUGGAGCACUUGGUGCACUCCAUGAUAUAGUUCUAUCUGCUCGGAAGUGCUGUGAUCAUCCCUACAUUGUGCAUCCACCCUUGCAAACCUUGCUUACUAAAGACCUUCAAGCAGUUGAGUAUUUGGAUGUAGGAGUCAAAGCAAGUGGCAAGCUUCGGCUUCUUGACAUGAUGCUUAAAGAGAUAAAGAAUCGAAGUUUAAGAGUACUCAUCCUUUUCCAGUCAAUCAGUGGUUCAGGAAGUGCUUAUUCUCUUGGAGAUAUUUUAGAUGAUUUCCUGCGUCAAAGGUAUGGUGAAAAUUCCUAUGAACGCGUUGAGUUUGGUGUUCUCCGUUCUAAGAAAGAUGUUGCCAUGAACAUGUUCAACAAUAAGGAGAAUGGUAGAUUUGUGUUCUUAUUGGAGGCUCAUGCCUGUCUUCCCAGCAUCAAACUGUCAUCAGUUGAUACUGUAAUCAUAUUUGGUAGUGACUGGAAUCCACAUAAUGAUAUAAGAGCCCUGCAAAAAAUAUCACUUGAUUCACAAUUUGAGGAAAUAAAAGUAUUUCGUCUAUAUUCAACGUGUACCGUGGAGGAGAAACUUCUAGUUCGUGCAAAGCAGGGGAAGAUUCAUGAUAGCAAUGUACAGAAUAUAAGCAGUAGUAUGCUUCUGUGGGGGGCACCUUACCAAUUUGAUAAAUUAGAUGAGUUCCACUGCUGCAACACCCCAGCCUCCACUGCAAAUAUCUUGCCUGAGGAAUCACUUCUGAAUGAUGUCAUCCGGGAGUUCUUGUCCAUACUUCCUCGGGAUGGCAACAACAAUGUCUUAUGCGAUUUCUCUAUCAUUUCAAAAGUUCAACAAACUGGAGGAGCUUACAGUGCAGAGGUUCCAUUGCUUAAUGAGCUGAAAAGUCAACAUACUGGUGAAGGGCAGCCCCUUAAUUUUUGGACAAAACUGUUGGUAGGAAAGCAUCCUCCGUGGAAAUAUUGUUCUGGUUUGUCUCAGAGGAACCGGAAACGGGCACAACAUCUUGAUGAGUUAUCAAAGAAACCAGAAGUUGGUAGUGAUGAAGUUGUAAAAAAGCGCAAGAAGGUGGUAAAUGGUAAUGACGAUGCACCCUAUCCGAAGCCUGGAUCAGAGGGGAAAUCAGUUCCUGGAUGCAAGGAAGUAUUGUCUGUGGAUAUAAAUGUCUUAGAAAAUCCAGAAAGUAGCAUGUUUGAGUCUGAGGAGAGAAGAAAAUUACAUGAUGCCCAGAAGAGUCUUCAUCAACUUUUGAAGCCAGAGAUAUUAAAACUAUGUGGAAUCCUACAAGUCUCUGAUGCUGUCAAGGUCAUGGUCGAAAAGUUUCUUCAAUACGUAAUGAGUAAUCACCAUGUUAAUAGAGAACCAGCGACAAUACUGCAGGCAUUUCAGAUAUCUCUGUGCUGGACUGCAGCUUCAUUUCUGAAGCAGAAAGUCGACCACAAAGAAUCUAUUCAACUUGCAAAGAAGCAUCUUAACUUCAAUUGCAAAAAGGAAGAGGCUGACUAUGUUUAUUCAAUGCUGCGGUGCCUGAAAAAAACAUUUUUAUACCGUACAGGGAUGUUUAAGGCUGCAGAAUCUCCAAAGUUGGCUAAAUUAUCAAGUACAGAUGUUUUGAACAAUUCACAUCCAAAGGUUUCACGGUCAACAACUUCUAACUUUCAGCAGGUCAAAUCAGAUGUUAAAGACUUGUCAAUGAAGCAAGAAAAACUAGCACAAAAAGAUGUCUCAAAAAGUAUUAAAGAUAUUCAGAAAAAGAUCCAGAAGCAAAUAACAAAACUUAUUGAGAAGCAAAUCAAAGAGAGAAGUGAAGUUUUGAGAACUUGCCAGGAAGAAAAGGCGCAUCUAGAAGCAGAAUCAGUUGUUAUUCGGUCUUGUUUCCUAAAUAAUACAUCAAUGAGAACAGAAAAGCUAAAGAUUUUGGAAAAGAAAAUUGAAGAAAAUAAAAACCAGACCAACCUACGUCUUAAGCGUCUUGAGGCAUCACAGCAGGAAGCACAGGAUAAGUUGAAGGAGAUGGGGAAACGAUGGGCAGAGGAAGUGCAAUCCUGGGCUUGUGUUGAAUUGUUAAAUAGAUUGCCUUCAAAUACACCUGAGCCUUGGUUGGAAUGCUCAAGGACUAGUGAAUGUCUUAGAAUUAGUGAAGGUUGCAAAGAUUUUGCCACUUUAAGAGAUCAUGAUAUUGGUUGUGUUGUGCAUGGUAUGACAGGAGGAGUGACAGCACUGUCUCAAACUCCAGAUAGUGGUCCAGAUGAAGCUGAAACAUGUAGUGGUCCCAUUAGAACAGACAUGACCACAGCUGGGCCACUUGGUGCAAAUGGUGCCUUAAAUAGAACUUCUAGUGAUGAUCAAGAGAACACUGCGUCUGUGAAUCCUUGUCCCAAAGCCGGAAUUACUGAUUGUGCCAAUGGGGAUUUUCUGCUUGAAGUUCAAGAAGUUGCCUGCUCUGAUUCACAGAAAGUUGUCACCUCCAGUCUUCCUUCGUUUGAAGAAUGGAACCACAAUGCUGACACAUUACCCAUUUCUGAUGGGGAGGUCAGAGUGGAAGUUCCCGAAACUCUCUGUUCAACCGAUGGUCAACAUGGUUCCCAUCCCUUGAAUCUGUCUUCUGUGCAACGGAAUCCUGAUGGGGCUACAUUAAGCGUGCCUGAGAGAGAGGCUCCAGUGGGAUUGCAUGAGACUGUCAGUUCACUUCGUGGUUUGCAAAAUGUUGUUUCUGUUAGGGCACCUUCAUCUGAACAAAUCCAUGUAGUGAAGGGAGCUAUGCCAGAUAAAGAGAUCGAAUUAGGAGUGCUUGAGACUGUCAGUUCCAGUCAUGAUUUGCAUAACGUUGUCUCUGUGAGUCCACCUUCAUCAGAAGAAGAAAUCCGUGUAGUGAAGGUAACCACACCAGAUAAAGAGGUUGAACUGGGAGUGCUUGAGACUGUCAGUUCGAAUGAUGGCAUAGCAAAUCUUGUCACUGUGCAUCCACCUUCAUCUGGAGAAGAUAUCCAUGAAAAUUCCACAGAACAUGAGACUGUCAGUUCAAGUCAUUGUUCCCAAAAUGUUGUGCCUGUGUGCGUACCUUCAUCUGAAGAGCAAGUCCAUGUAGUGACAGUAACCUUGCCUGAUAAAGAGGUUGAUUUGGCAGUGCUGCAGACUGUUCGUUCAGAUGAUGGACCAGGGAAUCUUGCCUCUGUGAAUCCACCAUCUGAUGAGAAAAUCUCUGAAAAAGCCACUGAAAAAGAGAACAGUGAAGGGUGUGUUAUGGCAUCUGACAGUGCAACAGAGGUCUACCAGCAGAAUAGAGUUGAUACUGCAGUCAAUAGAAGCUCGUAUCAAGAAAUGCCCCUGGUAAAUUCACCUGGAUUGCAGCCUGUGGCCCUGGCUCCUGGUGGUUCAGUGACACAAGAACAGGCACAACAAGACAAAGGUACUCUGUUAGAAACAUCAACUGCCGUACAAGAAGGAGAUGCAGAAGCCAGGGAAAAGCAGAAUACUUGCCAACCAAUUGAAAAUCUCUCACCUGAAUCUGUUCCGGUAGUUUCAUCCAAUCUGUCUAAUCAUGAAAUGCCGGACAUUGAGCCUGUAGUACAACAGCCGCUGUUACCAUCCUCUAAUACACCUGAUCAUAGUGCUCCUGAGUUAUCUUCAGCUGGUGGAGUUGAAAUUCAGCCAAGUCCUGAAAACCGGACCUUUAACCAGGGUGCUCAUGCUCCAAUGCCACUCGUUGAAAACCUUCUUGAUCUUUCAAAUCACACCGUUUCUCGGUCUGUGGCAUGGUCUACUGGCGGAUUUGGAAUGCCGUUUUCAGACACAAGAACUACACCUGUUAGUUCUGCACUUAAUAGUCGUCCUAUAAAUGCUGCACCACAGGGAGCAUCUCGAACGCCUCUGCCUGUAUACCAUGACCCGCUUCAAAAUGAAUUGGAAAGAUUAAAUAAACAAACAGAUCAUAUCGUUAAGUCUCAUGAAGAUACGAAGCUGCGCCUGAAAACUGAUUGCGACAAGGAGAUAGAGGAGGCUGUUGCUGAAAUUCGUCGAAAGUAUGAGAUAAGAUUUCAGGAGAUUGAGGCGGAAUUUCUCCUUAAAAAGAAGGAAUUGGAUUCAAUUCACAACAAAGUUUUGAUGAAUAAGAUUUUGGCCGAGGCUUUCAGGUCUAAAUGCAUGGAUCUUAGGGCAUCAGGUGCAUCUGGAGCACAGCAAGCUGCUUGGAGGAAGUGCAAAGCUAUAGUCCAUGAAGAUUUUUUACCCAGGGAUAGCUUGGCUCUGAAUAUGGGAUUACCAGUUUCUCCCAGCAGCUGGUCCAUCUAUCUAUGCAAGAUGCACAAAGAUAUUCUCCCGUUGCCAGUUCAUCUUUGGCCAGCACUCCUGCAGUUGGCCUGCAGACUUCUAUUGCACCAUUACCCAGCCCGCAGACAACCGCUCCUGCACCUUUAUCCCAAUCCAAAUUGUACAGCUCCACCUAUGCAGACUGUUCCUCUUGCACCUGCUCUUUUGCCGAGCAUUCCAACAAGACCCCCCCACAUCAGUUCCAUCUCUUCCCCAGGAAUCCCCCAAGGUGCAGGUGAGAUUCGUGCUCCAGCCCCGCAUCUUCAACCUUUUAGACCUUCAACAUCCAUGUCAAACCAGCAGUUACAUAGCAACCUCCUUGCAACAUCUUCUUUUACUCAUAUUCCACGACUACCACCCCCCACACAGCAAUCUGUUCCUCAUAAUAGGGCCCACCAUCCUGAAAGUGCGGGAGGAGAUUUGGCAGCUCUUCGUAGUUUAUCUGCAUUGGGGUUGCUUAUGAAUAUGAACAGUCGGGCUGGUGCAAAUCCACCAGGUAGUUUGCCCUCACAACCAAAUUUGGUCUCGAACCACCAGUCGAGCCUUUCUGAAACCCCUAAUACGAGUGGUGGGUGUGUAAACCCAGUACAUACAAGUGGAUCCACUGACAUAGUUUGUUUAUCGGAUGAUGACUAA